CCAUUUACAUGCACAAACUGGAGUCUAUUAGAUAGAUAUGAUACAAACCACUGCAGUGCAGUAAUAAAUAUAGCAGCACUUCGACUCUUGAAUGAGUGAAAGGUCAUGACCAAUAAAUCAAUCGACGGGAUGUGUUUGUUCCACGUUAGUUUGGACAGUAGUUUAGCAGCCAGCAGCUUUUGUCCCUCCUGUUUUCAGUCCUGCUCUCAGGCUGUUUCACUGUGAAUUCAUCGGCUUCUGUGUUCUGACUCUUUCCGGCUGCCGCUGACGGCCUCCUGUGAUGCAAACCUGCCGUACAUGAAGGGGACGGCGCUUCACUGGGCAGCCAGGCACGGCCGUGAGGAUGCCGUGGACAUGAUGCUUCACUCUGGAGCCGACGUCAACGUCAGAUCAGGUUACACAGCUCUUCACCUGGCCUCCAUUCACGGACACCAGGACGUCGUUCAGACCCUGAUCAACACUCAGAAUGCUAAAACCAACAUCAGAGAUUACCACGGGAAGACGGCCGUUCAGUACUGGAGCGGCAGCGCCGACAUCUUUGAGAAACCCGAGUCUCAGUCAGGCGGGAGGUGUGUUCGCCGUCAGCGGACGCAGCGUUACGCUCUGCCGUCCUUCCUGCUGUCUCGCUCUCGCAGUCAGGGACAGCUCAACCUGGAGUUCAGGACACCGCCUCAGUCCUCCUCCCACGACGCCUUGGACCUCCAUGUUUAAAGCUGAUCGCCCUGCCUGAAACCCGGUGACCCGCUCUGUCCCCGUUUGGGCCACGCAGGGUUUCUGGGCUUGGAGCCACAGAUGGCAAAGAUGGCCGCAGGAGGUGGAUGUGAGCUGUGUCACUUUUAAAGAGCAGACUCAGACCUGAACACAAGGCGGGCCUCAUUUUAAAGCCAAGGUUCAUCAAGCAGAGGUGUCAAACAUAGGGCCCGCGGGCCAGAAUUGGCCUUGCAAAGAUCCAAGGACGACAUGAAGUUUGCUGAUGAAGACCUGCCUCAAGUGAUGAAGAACAGAUAAAGAAUUACAUUUUUUUCACUCUCGACUGUAAUAAUGUGUUUUUAUAGAAAAAUAAAAACAGACGUUUUCUGUGAAUCAACAGAAAUAUUCAAUCUGAGCAGCGAGCCACAGAACCGCUCUGAUGUUACACGUUUCUUUCUCUUCAUGUAGAAAAUCUUCUUAUUCACAUAUCUCAGGGAUUAAGUGUGUGGAGUUUCACCAGGAUGCAUGUGUCCCACCGUGUUGAAUCACUUUGACUUUUGCUGCUUUAAAGCAGGGGUGGGGAACUCCAGGCCUCGAGGGCCGGUGUCCUGCAAGUGGCUAAAUGACCU